AGUGAAUAUAUCGGGCCUUUUUUCUUCCUCGUACUCGCAUCGAUCAAUUGAGCCACCAACGUCCUCUGAUCGGGAAUGAAGUUUAUCAAGCCCCAAUCAAAUCUUCCUCUUUAGCUCUUUUGUGUUAGCUCGUAUCAACCAACAGGUGAGGUGAUCGUUGGGGAUUUGAGUUAACAUCCGAUUAUUUGAUCAUCCAACAGGUGCAGCAGGGUGAAUGUGAUGAUGGUGGACGGCCUAGAAGCUCGUAUAGCGAUGGGUAUGUGUAUAGGUGUUCAUAAUUCGACUACUCUUCGCUCAGCUCCCUCUUUCAGGCGCACGAAGCUCCGAGCCAAACCUAGUGCUGCCCUUAUUGCUUCUUCUUCUCGGACAGAAGGUCGAACAGUUGGUGGGCUGCUGUUGCAACCAAAGCAUGACCUAAACGAAGUAAAGGGAGAUGAUGAUACUGUUAAUAAUAUCAUCAUCAAGAAGAAGAAAAGGGUGUUCUUUUUGGAUGUAAACCCAAUCUGUUAUGAUGGUAGCACCCCGAGUUUACACUCUUUUGCUCACUGGAUUUCCCUUUUCUUCUCCGAAGUCAGCCUUACAGACCCUGUUAUUGCCAGAAGUAGAAGAAGUGCACUGGAAUCUUCAGUUGAUUGCUAUGCUGCUGUUAUUGAUGGAGAAGGAGCUCACGAAUAUAGGAAACAAAUGUUACCUUCAUAUAAAGUACACAGAAGAAAAUUUUCACCAUAUCAACUAAUUUCAGAUACCCUUACAAAAUGUAAUGUGCCGGUUGUGCAGCUUCGUGGUGAAGAAGCAGAUGAUGUUGUUGUUACACUUGUUGAACAAGUUUUGGAGAUGGGAUACCGUUUUGGAGAUGGUUCAUUAGAAAAUCUACUUAAUGAUGGAUGUUAACAUUAGGAUACAGGAAGAGUGGUUGCAUAAGAGACACAAACAGAAUGAUUCAGAAAUUAUAUCAAGCUUCCUUGAUUUAUUGGGGGAAACUUGUAGUUCUAAAGCUCUCUGGAUUCAUAUCUAGCCCUUGUGAAACUUUCUCUGUGAAGUCUCUUGGAGUCCCUGUUCACCAUGAUGUAUAUCAGAUUAGAGCAUCCCAUAUACCACCUAGAAAACUGGUUUAUUGACACAUCAAAGCACAAGGAAUUAAAGCCAAGAUAGCCAUUAAAUGGGGAAAGCCUCAUUUCCUUUACUUUCUGUAUUAAGU